AUGUCUGUCCCACAGUUGGCUUCAGCAGACUCCCAAAACGACCUGGUCAAACGGUCACUGGCAAUGGCUAUGAUCAGUGACCGGUACCCAGAAGAAUCUUGGAUCCAUGCAUACACUGAUGGUUCGUCAACAAAUGCUGUGGCCAAUGGAGGGGCAGGCAUAUUUAUCAAGCUCCCUUCAAGAAAUACCCUAACUGCAAAAGUACCAACCGGCACCCACAGUUCCAACUACAAUGCAGAAACCCAUGCACUUAUUCAGGCUGCUACAAUGAUCAAGGAUGCAAAAGAAGACUGUCAACAAGUUGUCUUCCUCACAGAUGCUCUCUCAGUCCUACAAGCCUUGCAAGGGGAAAAACUUCCUCACCUGAAUGAAGCCAUGCAAGAGGUAGCAAAGGAAAGACGAGUAGCUCUACAGUGGAUCCCAGCACAUUGUGGGAUUCCAGGAAAUGAGGAAGCAGACAGGCUAGCCCAAGCUAGGAGCUAA